CGCUUCCCGCUCAGUCGCACGCCAAACACGACCGGCGCAAGCGCAGCCGUCGCACGCACGAUAUCUCUUCUACGUACGACGCACUGCAUUCCGUGCUUAUUUUUUUAUUUAUUUAUAGAUAUAAAUAUUAUUUUGCGGUGCGAGUAUCACAGGAGAGUUCCCCGUAAUGGGGCAAAACUUAAUUUUACAGUUUGCUGUGAGCGUACUGCUGAUCAGCGGGACUGUGUCCUCUCCCCGUCAAGAGAGUGAGUCCUUCUAUCGCGGCGCAGUGGAAACGAUACCAAAACAUGACCCAUUACCGCAACCCAUACGAGCAUCAGUCGAGAGUGUUCCUCUGAGAAAUCGACGAGAUGAAGGCUACAUGCGGCUACCGUUGAGAGAUGCAGUUGAAAAACGACCUAUUCCAGUCAUCGAUCCUCUAUUCUUAGCCAAAGCUAUCGAGAGUAGUGACGAAUUAAUGGAUGGUUUAUCAAGUUUAGAAGAAAUUAACAAAUAUUACGGGGCCGCGAACUAUUUGAAUAAUGGUUCCCGUACGGAUGAGAGACUGCAGCAGGGAAACGCUAAUCUUCAAGAGAUGCAACAGACAGACGGAGGGCCGAUGGCACGUCGGAUAGUGGUAUGUUAUUUCGAGUCGUGGGCGGCGUACCGUGCACCUCCGCUGGCGUAUACAGCGGGCCUCAUGCCCCGCUCCUGCACACACCUGCAUUACGCCUUCGCAGUCUUACAUCCUCACACGUACGCUGUAAUACCCGCUAAUGAAGAUUAUGAUAUUAUCAAAGGUGGCUACCGCAUCGCAACUGGCCUGAAACGUCGGUUCCCAAGUCUCCGAGUGCUGAUUAGUAUCGGCGGUGAAGGCACCGGUCGAUUGUUCAGCGAAAUGGUACAGGAGCCCUACAGAAGAAACGCAUUUGUCGACAGUGCACUCGCUUUCUUGCUAGACAACGAUUUUGAUGGAAUCGAUCUGCACUGGAUUUACUCUGGAGACAGGGAUGAAAAGGAGAAGGAACUAUUAACAUCCCUACUUUACGAGCUUCGUGAAAAACUAUCGCCGUAUGGAUAUCUUCUUUCUACUGUCUUACCGCCAUUCAGAUAUCAAAUAGAGGAUGGUUACGACCUGGGCGCAGUGAGCGGCGCGACAGACUACACGAUCCUGCAAGCAUGGGACAUGACUCACGGGAGAAGGGACGAGCCGCCGUCGAGGGCCGUGCAGCACAGCGCGCUGCACAGGGACCCCGGAGCCUCCUCCAGGGAUCAGAGAUACGAUAAUAUUGAAUUCAUGGUGAAAUAUAUUUUACGUCAUGGAAUGGCAGCUGAUAAGUUAGUACUGGGCAUACCCUUGUUCGGUCGCAGCUACACUUUGUCUGAAACAUCUGUGACGUCGCCCGGCGCGGGCAUCAGCGGCUGGGGAGAAGAAGGAACUUACACACAAACUAAAGGAAUGCUCGCAUACUUUGAGAUCUGCAUGGCGGAACGUGAAGGAAAAGGAGAAAGUGUUUUAGACGAUGCUGGUAAUUCAUACGCAGUGUUUGGUAAUCAGUGGAUCACAUACGAUACACCCGAUACAAUACUUGAAAAGAUGAAAUUCGUGAUAAGUAUGGGCUUAGCUGGUGCAGCCGCGUGGGCGAUAGAUAUGGACGAUUUUCGAGGACUCUGCGGAUCACCUUACCCUAUCUUGAGCGCUAUUUCGACAACAUUAAAUGGAGAAUUGACACAAACUGAUCAAUCGUCUUUAAAGAUUGGUGCGUGUCAGGCGGAAAUACCAUACUUGGCUUCUGACGAAGAAUCUUGUGCUCACUUCCACUUCUGCACUGGCGGUAUUAGCUACAGAAUGGUCUGCGAAGAUGAGAGGCUUUAUGAUCCUUCCACUGGUUUCUGUGGUCACCAGGAUGUAGCAAAAUGUGUGCCCGGUCAAAGCUUACGAAUAACAGUUGAGGAUGCCGCAAGAUUCUUGUCACAAGCUUACGAAACGGAUUUCGCGUUAAGUAAAGGUGGAUCAACGAAUAAAGAAGCCGAGCAAUUAAUAGUAACACCACAAUCUGAAAUAAAAAAGAGUAAGGAACUUAAUAGAUCUACCAUUUUUUAAUAUUAGGUUUUACCAUUACCAUUUUUUACCAUUAACAUUGAGUUAAUCUUUUUUGUGAACCUUUCAGGUAGAGACAACGACAAGCGUGUGGUAUGUUAUAUGACCAAUUGGGCAUUCUAUAGACGUGGGGAAGGGAAAUUCGUCCCCGAACACAUAGACACACGGCUCUGCACACAUGUAGUUUACGCCUACUCUUCUUUGCUAACUGAUGAUCUUGUUAUCAAAGAGUUUGAUCCUUGGGCUGAUAUAACUAACAAUUUAUACGAACGUGUGACAUCUCUCGGAGAUAUCAAAGUGCUAUUAGGUUUGGGUGGAUGGACUGAUUCCGCUGGUGAUAAAUACUCUCGUCUUGUAUCGUCGAGCGCCGCUCGCACCAAAUUUGUUGUAAAAGCAGUUAGUUUCCUGAAAAUGCACAACUUCAAAGGUCUCCACUUGGACUGGAAUUAUCCAGUUUGUUGGCAGAGUAACUGCAAGAAAGGCGCAAGAUCUGAUAAACAAAAUUUCGCUAAAUUAGUUCAGGAACUUUCUAAAGCGCUUCAUGCAGCAGACAUGGAAUUAGGUGUGGCUCUUUCCGGCUACAAGGAGGUCAUUGAAGCGGCUUAUGACCUGCCAAUUAUAUCGAAAGCUGCAGACUUCAUGAGCACCAUGACUUACGACUACCAUGGCGGGUGGGAACGGACGACCGCUCAUCAUACACCCCUCAUACCCGCUCAAAGAGAUGCCUUGGCUUAUUACUCUAUUGAGUAUGCGAUCAAAGCAAUCAUUGACGGUGGUGCGGAUCCGAAGAAGUUGUUGCUUGGUUUGGCGUUUUACGGUCAGUCCUACAGGCUGGCGGAUGUUGAAGGACCAAAUGGACCGGGUGCCUCCGCCGCGGGCCCCGGCGAGCCUGGAGAGUUUACUAAACAGCCUGGAAUGCUGUCCUACUAUGAAAUAUGUUACCGAGUCAAGAACUUACGUUGGAAGACAGGAAGACAAGAUCAAGCUGGUCCUUAUGCAUACUCAGACAACCAAUGGGUUGGAUACGACGAUCCAAAAUCUAUCCGUGAAAAGGUAAGUUCCACCCAAAAGACAACCACGGUACCGCCGAAAACAACUCGAUCUCCCAAACCAACAAGACCACCAACAACGACAACAACAUCAAGUAGUUCGGGAAUACAAGAAGAUAGUCUCUGUGGUGAGAAUCAAAUGUACGCGCCGGCGUCCACGUGCGACGCGUACUUACUCUGCGUGAGCGGGCGCUGGCGCAAGCAGUUAUGCCCAAGCGGUCUGCACUGGGACAAGCGCAGCAACAGAUGCGACUGGGUCGACUUCGCUAUGUGUGAAGCAUCUAAACCAGUAUCGGCAACAACUACAACUACAAGAAAACCAGUAUACCAGAUCACAUCAACUACCAUGAAAACAACAACAACUAGACGGCCAACAACAACAACGAAGAAACCAUUCAUUUUAUCAGAGGAAUAUCAAAAACCAACGCGUUGUGUGACCGGGACAUACCACACGCAUCCGCGCUGCGAGAAAUUCUAUGUAUGCGUGAACGGCGUGCUGGUGACACAGAACUGCGCUCCCGGCCUCGUUUGGAGCCAGGAGCGGUCACAGUGCGACUUCCCCUCCGCUAGCUCCUGCUCCGACCGGCGCAAGGUCACAUCCGCCGCUAUGGUCGAUGCACCCAAGCUGACGACUUCGAACGGUCUGCCCGACACAGAUCUCAUAGACGAUAAACCAAAAUAUUGCGAGAGUGGUCAAUACGACAAGGAUCCUAAUGACUGCACUAAAUACCGUCACUGUCUGUUUGGCCAAUUUGAAGAAUUCGCUUGCAGUGCUGGCUUGCAUUGGAAUCAGGAAAAACUAAUAUGCGACUGGCCACGAAGCGCGAAAUGCAAGAAACGCAAAGUCCCCACUACAACGACAACAACAACCACAACCACAGAAACACAUCUCAUGGACCCGGUUGAAGUGGACGCUGAAGUCAAACCUGAAGUUCCGAUGAAACCAAUUGAAUCUUCACCCACCACGGUUGCACUUAUAGAUCCUUCUUCUAGACCAGCUUUACUUAAUUCACGUUAUAAACUUAUUUGUUACUAUACAAAUUGGUCGUGGUACCGUCCUGGACUUGGAAAGUACGGCCCAGAAGAUAUCGACCCAAGUCUUUGCACACACAUUGUUUUCGGAUUCGCCGUUUUGGGGCCUGAUGGACUUAUGACUCCUCACGAUCCUUGGGCAGAUCAAGAAAAUCGUUUGUACGAAAAAGUGGUUGAAUACAAGAAGUACGGAAUAAAGGUAUCCUUAGCUAUUGGUGGAUGGAACGAUUCCGUCGGAGACAAGUAUUCUAAAUUAGUUAAUGACCCUGAAGCCCGAGUAAGGUUCGUGAGCCAUGCUGUAGAAUUCUUAGAGAGAUACGGUUUCGAUGGACUCGAUUUAGACUGGGAAUACCCGAAAUGUUGGCAGGUUGAUUGUUCGAUGGGACCUGAUUCUGAUAAGGAGGGCUUCGCUGACUUGGUCCGUGAAUUAUCUGCAGUGUUUAAGCCUAAAGGAUUGUUGCUGUCCUCUGCUGUUUCACCGAGUAAGAGAGUGAUAGACGAGGCGUACGACGUGCCGAUCCUUGCGAGACACCUUGACUGGAUCGCCGUGAUGACGUAUGACUACCACGGCCAGUGGGACAAGAAGACUGGCCAUGUUGCCCCCUUGUUCUAUCAUCCUGAUGAUGAUAACACUUAUUUCAAUGCGAACUACACAAUGCACUAUUGGAUGGAGAAAGGAGCACCGUCAUCCAAGCUGGUGAUGGGCAUACCUACAUACGGACAGUCGUUCACGACGUUAUCUUCCUAUGAUAUUAAUUCCUUGAACGUACCUGCGAUGUAUGGCGGGGAUGCUGGCGAAUAUACUAGGGCUAAAGGAUUCUUAGCGUAUUACGAGAUUUGUGAGCGUAUUAACGAUAGAAGAUGGAAGGUUGUUAAGGACCCUCUUCAACGAAUGGGUCCAUUUGCAUACAAAGGCAACCAGUGGGUGUCUUUCGAUGACGUCGACAUUAUAAAGAGUAAAACUAACUUUAUAAAAUCAUUGAACUUGGGCGGUGGUAUGGUAUGGGCGCUGGAUCUCGAUGACUUCAAAAACAGAUGUCGACAAGGCAGACACCCGCUUAUCAAUGCUAUAAAGAACGGUCUGCUCGACCCCAGCGUGGACUAUGAACAUGUACAACCUAUAACUGAAACAUCUAAUCAAAUAGACGAAGACUUAGAGGACAUCGAAGUGAGACCUUCGUACACGAGACCUAAACCAACUACAACUACGAAGAAACCAAUAAGACAAACUACACCUUACACAACUUCAACCACUCCUACUACCACUCCCACUACCACUAAAGCUACCACUACAACUAAAACUACAACUACCACUACCACUACCACUACCACCACCAUGAAACCAACACCAUCUGUCAUUAUGGAUGAAGAGGAGCAAUACAAAGUUGUAUGUUACUUCACAAACUGGGCUUGGUACAGAACGGGAACAGGAAAAUUCACACCAGGUGAUAUUGACCCGUCUCUUUGCACGCACAUUAUAUACGCGUUUGCAAUCCUUGAUAACGACAAAUUGGAGAUCAAACCUCACGACAAUUGGUUGGACGUUGAAAAUAAAUUCUUCGAGAAAGUUGUCGGCUUGAAACACGAUGGUGUGAAAGUUUUACUUGGUCUCGGCGGCUGGAAAGACUCUGCUGGAAAUAAAUACUCACGUCUCGUAAACAGCCCUACAGCUCGAAGGAAGUUCGUACUUCAUACACUUGAUUUCUUAGACGAGUAUAACUUUGACGGCUUAGAUAUAGACUGGAAUUAUCCAAAAUGUUGGCAAGUAAAUUGUGACAAAGGGCCAAGCUCUGACAAAGAAGGAUUCGCACGUCUAAUCACUGAACUACGUUCAGCAUUCGUUCCUCGCGGCCUGCUGCUGUCUGCGGCGGUCUCAGGCGGCAAGAAUGUUAUUGACGCUGCAUACGACAUCCCCGUUUUGGCCAAACAAUUGGAUUGGAUAUCUCUUAUGACGUAUGAUUACCACGGCCAAUGGGAUAAAAAGACAGGACAUAUGGCCCCUAUGUAUUCUGGAAGUGACGACAAUUGCGAUGAUAUUAACAGUGUGAACUUUACAGUAACUUACUGGAUUAAGGGUGGUGCUCCAAGAGAAAAACUAGUGAUGGGCUUACCGUUCUACGGCCAAUCAUUCUCAUUAUUGGAAAAUGAAAACAACAGAUUGGGAGCACCGACUUACGCCGGAGGAGAUCCAGGGGAAGAAACUAGAGCAAGAGGUUUCUUAGCCUUCUACGAGAUUUGCGAACGUAUAAGAGCACGAGGUUGGGACGUGAUCAGAGACCCGGCCGGGAGAAUGGGUCCAUACGCCACUUUCAAUGAUCAGUGGGUAUCAUUCGACGACGAUUACAUGAUACGUCAUAAAGCGGAGUACAUAAGAGCUAUGGGUCUGGGUGGAUCUAUGGUUUGGACUCUCGAUCUUGACGAUUUCACUGGAUAUUAUUGCGGUUGUGGAAAAUCUCCGCUACUGGCUACAGUCAACCAUGUUCUUCGCGGCAAAGACCCGCCUCCGGAUUGUCAAUUAGAAGAAAUUGAGGCCCAAACAACAACAUCAACAACAACAACAACGCCCACAACACAAGCAACUGAGCUCAUACCAGUGCCUGAUACAGAAACUGAAAUAGAAUCUGUCGACAACGAACAAGGAUACGAAGGGAAAGCGUGCACAGGAAUAACAUUUAAGGCAGACGAACAUGACUGCAGCAAGUACUAUCUUUGUCUGAACGGUGUAUACGUAGACCUUACCUGCCCUCCACCACUCGUAUGGAAUAAGAACCACUGUGACUGGCCAGCAAAGGCUAGAUGUAAUGGGAAAGCAUCGCUCAAGAUAACAGAAGACCAAGAAGAAAAACCAAUAAUCGCCUGCUACUUCACUAACUGGGCAUAUUACCGACCCGGCAAAGGUAAAUUCGGUCCGGAGCAAGUAGAUGGAUCGUUGUGCACUCAUAUAAUAUACUCGUGGGCACAUCUCAGCAACACCUCGCAGAUCGUACCCGGCGUACCUGAACUCGAUGUAGACAAUGAUUUCCUCGGUAAAAUAUCGGAAUUAAGAUUGGAUGGAGUUAAAGUUAUUCUGGGCGUUGGUGGGUUACAUAACUCGAGAGUAUCCAAUUGGAGCGAAAUGGUAUCGACCAAGGAGAAGAGAACGUUGUUCAUAGAAUCAGCGCUCAAACUUAUCAAAAAAUGGAACUUUGAUGGGUUGCAAAUCGCCUGGCAGUACCCAGUUUGUGGUCAGGAAUUUUGUUCUGAGAUAGAUUACGAGAAUGAAGAAAAGUGCAACUUCAACGCUUUACUGACUGAGUUGUCGAAAUCAUUGCGUCAAUAUAACUUAGAAUUUUCCGCUGUGGUGUCUCCGAACCCUAAAGUAGCGGCAGUGGCGUAUGACCCUGAAGUGUUGACGGCGACCCUCGACUGGAUUGCCAUCGCCGCCAACGACUACUAUUGGUCCACGAACUCACGCACGGAAUAUCUCUUACCUUUGCAGUCCUCGGCACCGUCGGAAGUUUGCGACUACAAAACACUAUUGACAUACUGGUCGAGCGUGGUGCCUCCGCGCCAGCUAGUGAUGAGCGUGCCGGCGUAUGGGCGCUCGUACACGCUGCGCAGCGAGCUGUUCGUGCACCCGGGCGCCCCCACCGCGGGCGCGGGAGACGCCGGCAACUACACACAAGUGCCCGGCUUUAUGGCCUAUUACGAGAUAUGUAAUGGACUAAAAACGCAAGCUUGGGAAGAGCUGCCAACAGAGGAGGGAAUGAGCAUAGUGCACGGCUCACAAUGGGUGACAUUCCUUCGACCGCAAGAAGUAUUCAAGAUUAUUUCUACUUCAUCCAAAAUGGGUAUCCGCGGCGCCGCACUAUGGGCCCUCGACCUGGACGACUGGCGCAGCGAGUGCUCGUGUGAGCCCUGGCCUCUCCUCACCGCCUUGAGACAAGGAGUCUACGAGCCCAACAUUGCACCAACAUUAUGCUAAGUUUUAGGCUAAGUUAGAUUUAAGAAUAAUGCAUUAUACACAUACUUCUGUCACAUAAGAUGCGUACUGACUAGUAAUUUUAAUUGACCCUCGCAACAAUAGGGGAAAAAUGGAUGACAUCGAACUUAUUUGUCGUAUGGCAAAUCUAGACAAAAAGUAAGAAUUUCAUAAUCGAUGUAUUUUUCGAAGUCAAAAA